AUGUCAAAUCAUGUUCAAACUAAAAAUUUUUUAUCAGAGAAGACUGAGAAUGAAAGAGAGGAACCUAUAGAUGUUUCAGCUGUGGAAUCUAAUACAAAUAAAUCACUUGAAGUCACUAAUCCAGUAACCCCUAAAAGGAGUAGUCGAACUAGAACUAAGGGUGAAGUUGAGCCAGAUUUAGAUAGCUCUCAGACCACUGAAGAUGACAAGUCUGCUGAUUUAAACCCAACAACACCAAAACAUAAUACAAGAAGUUCUUCAAUAUCAAGUAAUCAAGAUGUAUCAUUAAAUAAUUCUAUUACUGGAACACCAAAACAACAAGCUCAAAAAAAUCUGGAUUCUGCAAAAAAGAAGGAGAGAGAAAAAGAAAAACUAGAGAGGGAAAAGAAAAAACAACAAGAAAAGGAAGAGAGAGCAAAACAAAAGCAAGAAAAGGAUGAGCAGAAAAAAAGGGAAAGGGAAGAAAAAGAAGAAGCUAAAAGGAAAGAAAGAGAAGAAAAAGAAGAACAAAAAAGAAAAGAAAAGGAAGAAAAGGAGCGCCAAAAGGAGUUAGAGAAAAAAUUAAGAGAAGAAAAGGAAAAGCAAAAGCGAAAAGAGAGGGAAGAAAAGGAGGAAAUGCGGCGGAAGGAAAAGGAGGCCAAAGAAGAGGAAAAGCGUAAGAAACAAGAGGCUUUAGAAUUAGAAAAACAGGAACAAGAGGAAAAGAAGAGAAAGGCUGCUGAGGCCUUUGUCAAUUUCUUUGUUCCAAAGCAAAAAAAUGAAAGAGAUCAACACACUAUUGGACCGGUUAGUAAAAAUAGCAUGCUAUCAAGCUUCACUAUAAAAUCAGAUAUGAGACUAGCACCCACAACUAGAAACUACAUAAGUGAUGAACAAAAACAAGCUCUUGACAAUUUCUUGGAGGAACAGAAUAUGUCCAAUGGCUCAUUGUAUAUACAAAAUUUAAAAAGGGGGAUAAAUAAGCCAAUGACAAAUGCAGCAACUUGGCCUCUAAAUGACAAGGAAAAUGAAGAUGAUGUUAUGAUAGUUGAAGAUGAUUUGCCUCCAGUUGAUGAUGCCGAUGAAAUACUACAUUUGGAACCAACCAUACGUGAAAAACUUCGUCCAAAACUCCUGAGUUUCCAUGAAAAUAGACGUCCACCAUAUUGGGGCACCUGGAGAAAAACAAGUGCAUUUGUUAAACCCAGGCGCCCUUUUCAUCAAGAUCAGAAACAUUUAGACUAUGAAGUUGACAGCGAUGAAGAGUGGGAAGAGGAGCAAGAAGGUGAAAGCAUUGAUGGUAGUGCUGCUGGCAGUGAUGAGGAGCAAGAGGCUGAUGAGUAUGAGGUAGAUAAUGAAGUGUUUGUGCCCCAUGGAUAUCUGAGUGAUGAGGAAGCUACCAUGGAUGAAGAUGAUGUCUUGUCCCUCUCGCCUGAAACGCAGAAAGCAAGACUAAAACAUUUAGAAGACGAAUUUGAAUUUGAAUUAAAAAAGCCUACGGAAAAAUUGAAACCUAGAAUGUAUGGACCACUGUGGGAGACAGUUGAAGGGGAAAAACCAGAGAAAUGUGUUGAUGCCUUGUGGAACUACUUAAGAAAACUGUCAAUGAUCAUGAAUGAUCCCACCCCGUUGCUACAACCAUCUCUUGAGCCGGAUGAGACAGAAAAAAAGAAAAUCAAAAAGAAAAAGAGUGCACCUGAUGGAGAAAAAUCACCAUCAAGCUCAGACAAAAAGAAAAAAGCAAAGCAAGAAAUAAAAGAAACAAAGAAAGCUAAACUGGAAACAAAGAAGAAUAUGCAGGAAAUAAAGAAAUCUCAACCUGGCAUAAAUACAUUUUUAACUAAAUUAAAAUCUCCA